ACAAAACAUAACAUGGUUUCUUUCACUCGAUGAAACAGAAGAUUGUCAACUCUCAGCAAGAAGACAGAAAGAGGGCACAGUCAGGUAAUGUUCCCCAGUCAUCAUGUUCAAGGCGAGGCUGGACCGUGCUGCUGGAGGUUACAUGGAGACGAAUAUUACGCUGUGGCAGUUUCUGCUGGAACUUCUUAUCAGUAACCAGUACACAAGUAUUAUCACCUGGACUAACAAUGAUGGCGAAUUUAAGUUGGUUAAUGCAGAAGAGGUGGCUCGCCUGUGGGGACUGAGGAAGAACAAGACGAACAUGAACUAUGACAAGCUGAGCCGUGCCUUGCGCUACUACUACGACAAGAAUAUCAUUAAGAAAGUACUGGGCCAGAAGUUUGUUUACAGAUUUGUGUCAUUCCCUGAGAUUGUAAAAAUGGAAAGUAAAGUUCCAUUUCGAGUGAAGAUGGAAAGCCUACAGAAAACGACUAGCGGAAUUUUCAGUAGAAAAUUUUAUUAUGGAUCUCCUGGAGCAGCCAUCGGGUUUAGUGGAUUCUCUGCAAAUAGCUCAACCUUGCAAGAGGUUCCUGACUUGUGCACUACGUUCACCUUGCCCCCAUCAUUGUUAGAAGCAUGGAGCAAGCUUCCUUUAUCACUAGCCCUUCAGAGUAAGGAGAGAAGCACGACAUACAAGCCAAUUAAUUUAGACACCAAGUGCCAUGGAAAUUAUAAUCAUCAGACUGGAAGGUGUCGAUCACCACUCAGUCACUACUUCCUUCAGCAAGACAACAACUGCAGCACUAGUGUCAUGGACAGGAAGCAAGAAAGUGGUCCUUCACUGAACAUGAGACCUUCUUCUUUUCAGGCCUUUGCAUCUAAGGCUUCUACUCCCAUCCAUUUUUGGAGUUCUGUCAAUCCAAUCCCUGGUCUCAGUGCUUACUCACCAUUUCAGUUCCCUUUUCCAACAGAGUCUUCUCUUAUUUACCCAGGCUCAACGUCUUCAUCCCUUUCAAUACUCUCACCAACGAAAGCUCCCAUUUCUGUAAUUCAGUAAAUCUACUCAUCAGUUGGAUAUAAUUGUAAUUAUUGUAUGUGCUUCAAUAAUGAUAUUCUCAUGAAUGAUAUUAAAGUAAGAGUAAGUAAAUAGUCACACUCACUGCUUUCAGAGAAUUCGUUUAAUAGAUCCUUUCUUAUAGAAGAAAUUAUACAAAUUUAAAAUGUAUCUGUACCAUGAUUUGACACUUAAUUGUUAAAAAAUAACCUCAUCCUUCACAGUACAGAAGCCAUAUUAAGACAAUCCAAGUUCCCUUACAUCACACUCAUACAAGGGCCUAUUAUCUCACUUGGAAGAGGAAUGGACUAUAAAAGCAACUUCUCUGCUCAGAUUUAGUCAUUAAUUAAAUUUUUUAUAUAACUUUACCAUCUUCAUUCUUAAUCCUUCACUUCCAACUUCAUUUUACAAAGAAACACGUUCUUAUACAGGGCAAACAAUGUUGUGAGGACAGAGUCCCUUGUCUCCACAGAUAAAGGCAAUGGCUUUCCCCGUAUAAUUAGCCAAUGGAAUCUACACAAGUGUCUCUUUAAAGCGCUCAAAGAAUCUGUCAGUUUUUUCACCUGUUUCAAAAUUGAACAUUGUCAGAUUUGUUCUAGAGAAACAGAACUGAAGCAGGCCUGAUAAAAGGUACAUUUUACAGUUGUUAAUAACUCAUCUGACUGUAUAUUUAUCAUACACAAAUAUCACAAAAAUAUGACAGUAUUGUCAUAUUCAUAUGUUAAUGACAAGACAUUGAUUAGAUUUAUUGAACACUUAUAACUUGUAACUACAAACAAUUAUAAUGCUAUCACUAAUCUACACACUUUACAGAUCCCCAUAGCAAACACUAUAACUUCCAUGUCUUCAUCAGUCGUUGCUUGGUAAUGGAUUCUAACAAUGGAGACUGCUCUAGUUUUGUGCUCAUGUUCUUGCUGUCUGGCUGGAUGCAUUUUAUUAUGCUGCUUCCAAUCAUACAGUUCAAUAAAGAAAUGCAGUUUCUCUUCUCAGAGUUUUGUUUAUGUGAGGUGGUUAGUAAACCCUAAUGAUCAUAUUGUUAAAAUAUCUGUAUAUUUCAGAUUCAUAAGGUUCAAUUAGUGAGCCAGAUUGUUUAGUGGUAAUUCUAUUUGGCAUGAGUAGGGUGGGGAAAUGUAAUGUUAAUUCUCUGAACUUGAAUAUAUUUUGGAAUCAUGUUAAUUGUGAAAUCCUAACAUGUAAAAUAGUUUUUAAAGAAAGAGAGUCUUUAGUUUUCAUGUGCAAAGUACAGUGUAUGCUUAGGAUAAAUUUUCAGUAUUAUCAUAGACAAUCUUUUAAUAAAGUUUUUCCUUCAGUUAUUGUAACAGUACUUUAGAUUUUCAGAUUACUGAAGAUGCUUCAGACAUGCUACUGCAUUCUGCUUUGAGAAAUUAAUAUUUUCUGAUCUAUUUUGUUAUCAGUUAUUAUUUGUUCCUGAGUUGCAUUCUAUUUAUUACUGGGUACUGUGCAAGUAACAUCUCCUUUAUAUGAAUAAUAUCUGAAAACCUCAAUAUUAUUGAUGGAUUUGUAGUUUUCACUGCAGUGCAUAUUAAGAAUAUUAGUUCUUGGGAUGUAGUGCCAUAUAGUCCAGCAGAGGGUGAACAUCUGUCAGAAUACACUUAUAUGAGUAUAUACAGCACUUACACAUUGAAGUGACUGAGAAAACAAUGUUUCUUGUAGGUCUCAAGUGUGUUUUGGAUAAAAGUUAUAAAGCUGAAUAAAACUAUC